CGAGGCUCAGGGUCAGAGAGGUGAUGGCAAAGUGUGGCAGCUCCACAACGUGGCGCGCGUGACCCGGUCUCGGCUUCUGGUGUACAAGGAGGAAGGUGGCCCCAGAAUUGUUGGGAGACUGACAAAGCAAAAUGGGUGACAUUAACAAAGGCAAGAAGAUCUUUGUUCAGAAAUGUGCACAGUGUCACACUGUUGAACAAGGAGGCAAGCACAAGACUGGACCAAACCUCUCAGGCUUGAUUGGUCGCAAAACUGGACAGUCUCCAGGCUUCUCUUACACAGAGGCUAAUAAAAAUAAAGGUAUCGUCUGGGGAGAGGAAACACUUAUGGAGUACCUGGCAAAUCCAAAGAAAUAUAUCCCAGGAACAAAGAUGAUCUUUGCUGGCAUCAAGAAGGCAAAUGAACGUACCGAUUUGAUAGCGUACCUUAAAUCUGCCACAUCGCAGUAACUUUCAGUCACAGCAUCUGCUGCCUUAUUUAUUGGAAUGUAGUCAUGUCUUCUAAUUGGAAACCUGAAAGUGAUGGUACUUUGAAUAUGGCAAUUGUAUUUUUAAAGAUCAGUAGUGGAUUCACCACAUAAUCCUGUCCAACCAUGGCAUUAUCUAUCAAAGGUAUCAUUGUACAGUCGAUCUGUUUUAAACCUGUGAAUCACUGCUAACCCUUUCUGUUUGAAAGACAAUAAAAGGGAUUGACUUUCA